UAUAAGCGAUAUGAACAGACGUGUUGUGGACGUGUGGUACGGAAUAACACUGAUAUUGACCUGGAAGCCGAUAUAUGUUGUGACAACAAAUUCCAUCCAAAAACAGAAGGCGUGUGCUGUGACAAUACAUUUCAUAAGCAUGGUGAUAAAAAUCGUCACAGCUGCUGUGGAAAAUUGCUCAACGAUAACAACAAUAAAAUGUGUUGUAACGGCAAGCUGCAUAACGGUACUAAAUAUCCUGGACAGAGAUGUUGUGGUAUUGAAACGUAUAAUAAUUUUACCCAUUGGUGUGACAAGCGGGGUCCUGAUAUCAUUCUUCUACUCGGACAAGAGACGUGUUACGGGGAGAAAUACUUGACAAAAACCAAAAUUUGCUGCUACGGAGGAAGGAAAGUAAUAAAUAAGACUGCAAAUAAUGACGCUUGUUGUGGUACAACCCCUUACAACUCCAAAGAACGUAGCGUGAAAUGCGACAACAAUCAACUCGUUCCUAUAGGAAGUACGCCAGAACCAACUAGGUGUGGAAACAAAUCUAUUAAGGAAACUAUCCAUGGUUGUUGUGAUGGAACACCAUUUGAUUUUCUCAAUCAAAUUUGCUGUGGAGGAACCAUUUUGCAUAAAUCAAAGAAAUGUUGUGAUGGGAGAGAAUUGGACACAGCAAAAUAUGUGUGUUGUAAGGAAGAUAAAAUAGAACAACAGGUCAAGUUACAGCCUAGCCGCGAUGAAUGCUGUUUUCUAAAAAAUGGUUCUGUUCAAACAUACAACAGGAAAUAUUCUGAAUGUACUGAUACCUUAGGAGUUGCCCCAAAGGGACCUAGAUGUGGACCCUUGUUGUAUAACAGAAGUACAGAUCUGUGUUGUCAGGGGAUACUGUUUAGAAAUGGUACUCUCCAGAAAAGAAAAUGCUGUGGUGUUAAAUCCUAUGAUACUCAAUGCCAGGAAUGCCAACACGAUGGCAUCAAAGAUUUGGAAACAUGUAUCAAACUUAAGGAAACACAACAUUACUGUGGAAAAAAAGAAUAUAACAAGGAUAAAGAUCUAUGUUGUCGUGAUAAGCUUUAUGUGAAUGGAACAACCCAGAGAAAAGCCUGUUGUGGAAUAAAAUCUUACUUGAAAACGAAUAAAAAAUGUCUAAAUGGAGAAAUCAGGGAAGGGCUUGUCUGUCCGAAUUACUGUCAAAGAAGCUGGAUUCAAAAUAGCCAAACAUUGACGACCUUGAACAAAAAUAAAACAAAAAUGUGUAAAUAUAAAGUCAACAGUAUUAGUUACUUAAAUGGAAAAACAUGGAAAAUAAACAAGAGGAAAAAAUCCAAAAACGUUGUCUUCAAAAAAGACUGCAGUUGUCUAUUUAAGGGAAAGAAAGAGGCGAUAUUAGUAUCCAAGAGAAUAACUAAAGCUGGCAGGAUAAGAGGUCAAUUCUUCCUUCUACCAAUUCAAGAGAACAACAAAAGAUUCAUAAGAAAAUUGAAAAGGAAAUUAGGAAUAAAAAACAAAAACAAAGUUUUAAGUCUAAAAAAAAAAGGAAAGAGAAAACGAAAAGGUAAUUAGGAAUAUGAAUUUGCUUUAAAUCUCCCAUUCAUUGAUAACUUUUUUUAAUCCCCCUUUUCACAUGAAUUUUAAAGUGAGAGGUUUUUCAAUUCAAUAUAUGACAAAAUAAUGAAAAAGUCUUCUGAGAUGUUUUUCUCGCUAUAGGUAAUAAUUGCCACUUGAUUUUCUAUAUCCAUGUAUAUACAAGUUUGUAGAGAAUAAAAGAAGGCAAAUCUCUCAUUUUUUCAAACAUUUUUUGUAUCAAACUUUGAGGAAUAUUAAAAGAGAAAUUGUGUCAUCUGUCUCAAAUUGGGUAUCAAGUGACUCUAGUCUUAAGCCAAUCAUUAUCAUUAGUUCUUGUCCAAUAUCAUAUAUAUGUUCAUUAUGGUCAAAUAUGAUACAUAUCAUUAUGGUCAAAUAUGAUACAUAUCAUUAUGGUUCAAUAUCAUACAUAUAUCAUUAUGGUCCAAUAUCUUACAUAUCAUCAUACAUCUUCACAGACAUAGAAUUGUAAGAUUUGUGGCACAUCAAAAGUUUAUCUUUUUCAUGUCAAUAUCAAUAUCAACAUUUUAGUUUAUUUGAUGAUAUUGUAAAUUGUAUUGAUAUUUUUAUAAGUAUAUGAAGUUAAUGAAAUGUAAAAUUGAUUAUUUAUAGUGUUUUUAAAUCAUCUUUGUAUUUAUUUUUCAACUUUUUUGAUAAAUUCAUGGGAUUGUAAAAAUCACUUUGCAGUUGGCGAAGUAAUUAAUAUUUAUAAAUACAUGUCAUCUAUAAACAAAUACUGUAAUUCCAAGUUAUAUACCAGCAUUUGGAAAAUAACUUUUUUUAAUCCCCCUUUUCACAUGAAUUUUAAAGUGAGAGGUUUUUCAAUUCAAUAUAUGACAAAAUAAUGAAAAAGUCUUCUGAGAUGUUUUUUCUCGCUAUAGGUAAUAAUUGCCACUUGAUUUUCUAUAUCCAUGUAUAUACAAGUUUGUAGAGAAUAAAAGAAGGCAAAUCUCUCAUUUUUUCAAACAUUUUUUGUAUCAAACUUUGAGGAAUAUUAAAAGAGAAAUUGUGUCAUCUGUCUCAAAUUGGGUAUCAAGUGACUCUAGUCUUAAGCCAAUCAUUAUCAUUAGUUCUUGUCCAAAUAUCAUAUAUAUGUUCAUUAUGGUCAAAUAUGAUACAUAUCAUUAUGGUCAAAUAUGAUACAUAUCAUUAUGGUUCAAUAUCAUACAUAUAUCAUUAUGGUCCAAUAUCUUACAUAUCAUCAUACAUCUUCACAGACAUAGAAUUGUAAGAUUUGUGGCACAUCAAAAGUUUAUCUUUUUCAUGUCAAUAUCAAUAUCAACAUUUUAGUUUAUUUGAUGAUAUUGUAAAUUGUAUUGAUAUUUAUAUAAGUAUAUGAAGUUAAUGAAAUGUAAAAUUGAUUAUUUAUAGUGUUUAUAAAUCAUCUUUGUAUUUAUUUUUCAACUUUUUUGAUAAAUUCAUGGGAUUGUAAAAAUCACUUUGCAGUUGGCGAAGUAAUUAAUAUUUAUAAAUACAUGUCAUCUAUAAACAAAUACUGUAGUUCCAAGUUAUAUACCAGCAUUUGGAAAUUUACACUAUUGUGUAGGAAGUAGAUAUUGUGAAAUAUUCUGUUUUAUUUUCUAUUCAAAAAUAUUUAGAAAGUGCAUAUAAACUAUAUUUCAUUUAAUGUUUCGUGUGCAUAAAAAUACUGCAUUCAUCAUGUCAAAUAUAAAUUCACUGCCAACUCAUGUAAAAUUUACAUUGUUUAUUUAUAAAAGUAUUAUAAAAUGUGUUCAAAACAAAUCUACCUGUUUGUUAUUGUUGAAGAUUUUCUAAUGUAUUUUUAUAAUUACUAAUAAUGGAAAUAUCUAUUGAUUUUUUUCUCUACUAAAUUUUAUCUGUUUUAUGCAUGUUAUUCCCUUUCUAUAUGCAAAUCAAUAUAAAGGUAUAACACUUCUAUAAUAAAAAUAUUUUCAAAAAAUAAAAGUCAAUUUAAUCAGAUAUGGAAUAAUCCAUUCAGAAAAAUAAGUAAAUACAAAAGUGGAUUAGACUUCCAUAUUCUUCCGCUAAUUGUAAAUAAUCUGCAUUUCAGUAUAAUAUUUCACAAGUUGGAGUUUAUCCAGGAAAUAAAUAGGGCAUGACAUUGAACUUUUUACAUAUCUUAAGGUUCAUCAUAACAAAUGGAAAAAUAUGGCCGUAUUUUCACCUCAAAAUUUACUCUAUGUACAGACUUACCUGUGCUGUUUGGAAAUUUUUAAGGCCUAGCAUCCACUAGAUAUAUAAAAGUUAAAUGCAUUUUGUGUUUUAGAAAGAUAACAUCUUUUCUGGUUUUUGGUGGGCAUUUCUUUUCUUUUCUGUAGAAGGUGUAAAAAUAAACAAACACCUGAAUUACUUUGAUAUUGUCCACUCAGCAUGCUCAUGCAGAUAAACUCUUUAACUCACCUAUAGUUGUGAAGAUACCUACUGCCCAUUUCAAUUAAGAACAAAAUUAAAACAAUACAAAUCAGUUUUUUACCUGAGGGAGCAUCUCAAAGUUGUUCCACAACUUAGUUAAUUUUCACACCUUAUGCAGAACGGGGAAAAAAUGCCCAUCAAAAUCCAAAAAAGAUUUCAUCUUUCUGAUAUGCAAAAUACAUUUUACCUUUACAUAUCUAGUGGAUGCUAUGCCUUAAAACUUUCCAAACUGCACAGGUAAGUCUGCACAUAGAGUAAUUUUUGAGUUAAAAAUUCGGCCAUAUUUGUCCAUUUGUUAUGAUGAACCUUAACCAAAUUUUGCACCAUACAACCUAACAUAAGCUGUUUUGUAAAAAGAAUUGUGAUACAGUACUAAGGGCCACAAUAUGUAAUGGCAGUAUCAAUAUAGGGCAAGUUUAUUGGCCACAGAGUUAAAGGUUUCUUUAUUGUUCUUUUAUUAACAUUCCUUAGUUAUUGGUGAAAUUAUGUUUCAAAACACUUUCUAUGCCGAUUUUGAUUUUUAAAUUACCAAACUUUGCAUGAAAACAGAAUGAGCAUUACAAAAAAAAUAAACUUUUUAAUUCUAAAAAUUAAUAACAUAGUGACGUAUCGAGAGCAAUGAACUUUUAAAACUAUGAAUGUAAAUACAUGUAUUGCAAAUUAUUCCAUGAUAUUUAUAGUUAUAUAAUUGUACAAAAUGUAUAUAGGUACAAAUGUAUAUAGGUACAAAUGUAUAUAUGUAUGACAUUGAUAUAAGGAAAUGACAAAAGUGAGUUUUUGGAAAACGAGAACUGGAAGUAUGAGUUCGAAUGAAAACAAACUUUGUAAAUGUCUCACAGGUGAUAUUAAAAAUUAAAUGUAUUUAUAUGACUGAAUUAUUUUGUGUUUAAUUUAUUUAUAUUAACUUAAUUAUAUUGUUCACUUGUUUUUGUUAAUUAAACAUUUAAAGAUUGUAAUGCAGUUUAUGAAAUAUAAUACUUAUGUUUAAACCACUAGUUGGUCUUUUAUUCCAAAUCUUU